UUCUUUUCAGGCUGGUGAUGAUGAAGGCCAUUUUCCUCGUCGUGCUGUCGGUGACGCUGUUCUCUCAGGGACACGGUAACACCCUGGACUCCUGUGAGGGUCGUUGUGGUUAUGGGACGGACAGCAAUUUCUCCUGCCAGUGCAACCCGUCCUGUGAGACCUUCAACGACUGCUGCUCCGACUACGCCGAACAAUGCAAAGAAGGAGCCACAUCCUGCCAGGGCCGGUGUGACGAGAAGUACAACCCUCAGAACCAGUGCCACUGCAACUCCAAAUGCAUGCAGUACAGCAACUGCUGCAGCGACUACGCUGACCUCUGUGGGAGUGGGGGGGGUGGUGGAGGGGGUGGUAGCGUGAUAAGUGAUGCUGAGCUUAAAGCCCUCUCGGAAACUCUCUAUGCUCUGGACUACAACAAGGCGUCCCCCUCAGAGUUAGUCAUUGACCCUCAGACACUGGUGCCGGACUCCCAGACCGGCUCCCAGAGCGACCUGUCCCCCCGCCGCUUGUUCAGCUUCCUGGACGAGGAGGCGCUUUUCUCAAAGCCGACCUUUGCCGCCCUGCUGGCUGUCCUGGACAACUACCACAGGAUGACCGGCGAGGCGGAGGACUUCAGCCCCCAGCAGCUGAAUGAGCAGGACACCUUCCUCAAGGAGACCAUGUCCAACACCGAGCUGGGCAGGGAGCUCUUCUCCUUCCUCUUCACUAAAGGAGUCUACGCGUCAGAGGAGGAGUUCAUCUAUGACCUGAAGAUGAUGUGGUUUGGUCUCUACUGCCGUAGCAAAAACACAAUGGACUCCAGCGGAUUUGAGCACAUCUUUGCAGGUGAGGUUAAGCGCGGAAAGGUGUCUGGCUUUCACAACUGGGUCCAGUUCUAUCGUCUGGAGAAAGAGGGCUUGCUGAAUUACUACAGCCACAAUUUUGAUGGACCAUGGACAACCUACCCUGAUGUCCUGGGCAUGCAGUUCAAGUGGGAUGGGUACUACAAGCAGGUGGGCUCUUCGGUCAUAGGCUCCAGUCCCGAGUUUGACCUGGCCGUGUACAGCCUCUGCUACAUCACCCGCCCUGGGAAGCGGUGCCGCCUCAGCCUAGGAGGAAAGCAGCUGGAGAUCCAGACCUACACCUGGGACAAGUCCUUCUACGGAGACGGGAAGAAGUACAUUGGCUCUGCUUUUCCUGCCACCCCGUAGGAGUCAAGCGGCCACCUGCAGCGCUUUCAAUAAGCUACGAGUACAACCGCUUACCAGUUCCGUUUCUGCAAAACAGCCCCAGCAGAGGCAUUCACCCUGGUGACGGCAGAGCUCCUGCUCCACAUGUAAAGACAGGGUUCCGUGGAAGCGUUGUAAUAAAGCAGUCCAGACCGA